AUGCAAUUGAUAGCGAGGUUCAGGAACCAGUACGAGAAGACGAGACAACAAGUUAAGACGACAGUCAAAGGCCUUGGAAACAAGCUCACGAAGCGAGUCUCCCAUGUGGAAACCUACAAGAACGAGGAAUGCAAGGUUCGGCAAGUGGCAGACACCGAUCACACGGAGUGGUCAAUCAACUUCGAGAAUACGCCAGAAGACACCCUCAGCUUUGAAGAGCAAAUCCACGCUGCUCUAGCCAUAGUCGCUAACGACAAAAGAGAUGGCUCUGGCAGCAGCGAAGGUACCAAUCUUGAAGGAAUUAAGAACAAAGAGGAAGACAUUGUGAUAAGAGGAUUACAACCAUCGGACCUACUAGCACAUGCAAUAUUGCUCGAACCAGCGUACUCUCAAGUCACAGAAAUCGUGACAGCGGACAAGUCAUCCAGCUCGACUGAGUCAAAGCAGGAUUCAAACGAGGAAGAGGACGAACAGCGUAGUGAGUCAUCUUCGUUUACCAAUUCCUAUGGCAUCUCCAAUCAGGAAGAAAUGGUCUACAAGAACGAAUUUGACUUCCACGUUGUACUGGAAGAACAUACUGGUGUUACCGUCAACGACUACGACAAGGAUUUUGUUACACAAAAGGAGGUAAAUUGUCCACCAGGACCUAUACCAGGCGGUGCUCAAGUUAUCGCUGCUAUGGUUACGGGGCUUCCGCCUGUCGCCAUCAAGAACGAAUCCGAACACGAACCGACAGGUAACGACCGAGAAGCUGGACAACGAGAACAAAUUGGGAGAAAGGAUGCUGCUGACGAUGCCUCGCUUGCUUCGAAUUCAGCCGACGAUGUGUCGGAUGUUCGUCACCCCAUCUCAGCACGGAGAACGAGUGCAGAAGCUAUUUGCGAUGCCGAAGACGAGCCUACGAUCCAUGAUCCUAUAUGCGUGAAUAGAGCGCAAUCACGAGAUGAAGCCACGCAGACUGCAUCUCCGCAAGCUGAAGCCGAUGUCAAUAUUGAGCCUGAUCCUCAGAUAGAGGUAGGGAUAGAAGAAGAUGAAGAGGACUAUAGCGAUGACGACAGUGACUUCCCGCGCUUUGAGGAGGUGUACAAUGCCAUCGACCUUGAAGCGCUCAAGACAAUUGCUCUGUCUCUGCGAAAGCAUGUCUUGGUCGACUCCAGCCAGUCCGCCGAAGAUUUGUCAUGCGUAGUACACGAAGACACUAAAUGUGGCAGCUACAACGUCGCAUUCUUGGUCAUGUUCAGCGAUGAUGUGCAAUGGGUUGCCAAGGUGCCGGGCUACGGAAAGAACCCUUCUGAGCUGCAAAAAGAGAAGAUGGAGAGUGAGUACAGGACCGCACAAUACGUCCGAUCAAAGACGACUUUCAAGAUGCCAGAGAUCUAUCUCUGGACCACUGACCCAAGCGUCAUCGGUGUGGCAUUUGGACUCAUGUCAUACAUGAAUGGGACUUCUCUCUGGCAUUGUUGGCAGAAUCCUUAUUUCGAUUACCAGCGAUGUUUGCGAGCAGUAGGUGAUGUGGCUAAAGAGAUGGCCAAGUUGUACUGCUUGCAAUUCCCCAAAACUGGUAUGCUGCGAUUCGACAACGACAGAUUCACAGGAGUUGACUACGAAAUCGAAUACGAGGAAGCAGGCGACUGUAACUGGGCUAAUUCAAGAAAGUUUGGGCCAUUCGCGAGUACGACUGACUGGAUCCAGAAAACUAUUGCGAGGAUAAAGAUACCUCCCUACAAAAUCCGAGAGAAAACCAAAGACUAUCGUCAUCCUACUGGUGACAAAACGUUACGAACCAUGCUUGAGAGUGUACCCCAAUUCAUGCAAGAAUCGCCUCUUUCGCUCUGUCUGGCAGAUCCAGACUUUCAGAACAUAUUCGUCGACUUUGAAACUGGAGAGCUCCAAGGAUUCAUCGAUAUGGACAACCUUCACGUUACUCCUGUUGUCGUUGGGAGUGCUGCCUUUCCCCCAAUCAUAACGCGAGAUCGAAACAUGGGCAAAUUCGUCGAAGAAGCGCGUGUUGACGACUUUCACCAUAGCCAAGCUGGAUUGGAUGGUUACAAGAAGUACCGGCGUCAUUAUGCCGCAUGUUUCAAGGCAGCUUUGCCACAAGAUACGAAGUACGAUCCUAGGUGGACAGAGCUUAGCCACCACCUAUAUUACCUCGAGUAUGCAUCAUGGACGCAUCGCGAAUGGGGAGCUCGCAUUAUCCACCAGAUGAGCAGAGACGCGUAUAAGCAUGUUUAUGGCGACAAGCUUUCUGACGAACGUCUUGGAGAUCUACGGAAGGCUGACAUGUCUUCGUUGAAUCCUUAUCGACGACGACGUUUCGUGAAGACUAUCGCGAAGGGACUUUGGAUACCAGAAGACGAAUCAACAUCUACUGUGUCGUCGAUCGUUCUCCAUUCUUUACCACAAGAAAGUGCACCAUCUGCUCUACGGCCACCUUCAUUGCAAAAUCGUCAGGUAUGUGAAGACGAAACUCAGCCAGACGACCGAAAUCCAACACCAGCGCCCUCAACGUCUUUGUGUUCGUCGUCGGCGAUCGAACGAGCUGUACCUGCCACUCCUGCUACGGCGUCCGAUCUACGAGCAGAGAAUCCACCUCUGCAGCAAGACAGCCGCCACACUCAGACCACAACGAACCUGGAUCAAGCGCACACACACGAAGAGGCUGCCGAACCAAGACAGUCGUCUUCUAAAAAGCUUCAAGUCCUUCAAUUUAGAGACAAGUCUAGGGAACGAUUGCGUACAAUGUCACGGCGGCGGAUUGUGAAUGGAUUCCAGCAAACUGUGGAGGAUAUCUGGACAUGCGGAUGCAGAAUGUUGCCGAGUAAGCUGUUUGAUUAG